AUGCCAGAGUUCAAUCUCACGUCUGGUCACUUCCUGGCUUUGAAGGAGACUGUCAAGACUCUUCCGAAAAACGCAACCCUGCACACGGUCAUGAUGCAACUGUCAAAGAAGUUUCCCUCCGGAAUGUUCUACAUCAACAUGUGGCCUUUUAGCGGCACGUGGCUUGUGGUGACGACGCCCUUGGGAGCUUCACAAUGUCAAACUCUGAAUCUUAUCAAGCCAUCGAUUCUCACAAAACCACUGGAAACCAUCGGCGGUGGGCCAAGUCUGAUCACCAUGAAUGGAGAGACGCAUAAGAAAUGGCGUAGUCUAUUCAACCCAGGAUUUAGCCCCAGCUAUCUCGUGGGGCUGGCUCCGAUGAUUGCGGAUGAAGUGGCUGUAUUUUGCCGUCUGUUGAGGGAACAGGCUGGGAACAAGAACGCGGAGCCGUUGCUCUGUGAGUCUAGCAAAGGUUAUUACCACAGAGCCGAAUGUCUGCUAAUGGCCAUGCGUGCCCCCUGCAGAGACACAAGGCUACACCAUCAGACAAAGGAUAGCCAACUUGCUCUGGCACUUCAGCGGCAAAUCGAAUGGACAUCAUUCGGGACCACCUUUAACCCAUUCAAACGCUACCUCACCAUCCGCCCCUUGGUGCUGUGGUACAACAACCGCAUCAUGGAUCGGCUCAUUGGCCAGGAAAUCGACAAGAGAUACACUGAGCAUCUGCAGGAUCAAGGCUCAGGUGAAAGGCGCUCCAAAUCCGUCAUGUCGCUCGUGCUGGCUCAGUUCCUAGAAGAAGCCCAAGUCAAAGGCGCCCCGCCCCCUCUAUCCGAGUUCAAGAAACUAGUUGCGCCCCAACUGCGCGGAUUCCUGUUUGCUGGCCGAGACACGACGAGUAGCACCCUUCUCUAUUGUUUUCACCUCUUGGCUACGCAUCCCGAAGCGCUCAAAAGACUCCGCAGCGAGCAUGGUGAAGUCUUUGGCGACAGGCUGGACGCGUCAAAAGCCCACCAGGCCAUUGUAAAGGAACCUCAACGGCUCAACCAACUGCCGUACACGACAGCGGUGAUUAAGGAAGCGCUUCGGCUGUUUCCUCCCUCUGCGUCUCUACGCGAAGGCCGCGCUGGAGUCGAUCUUGUGGAUGAGAAAGGAAGGCGGUAUCCCACCGAGGGAUGCAAUGUGUGGACGCUGACAGUGGCGCUGCAUCACAAUGCCGUUUAUUGGAAGCAGGCCGAGUCGUUUGUGCCAGAGCGGUGGUUGGUGGGACCCGAGGAUCCCAUGUACCCCGUCAAGGGGGCGUGGAGGGCAUUUGAGCUUGGUUCUAGGGCUUGCAUUGGGCAGACGUUGGCGCUCAUGGAACUUCGAGUUGCGCUGGUGAUGACACUCUCCGAGUUUGAUAUCACUCCGGCGUACGAGGAUUGGGAUAGGAUGCAUCCGAGGUCGGAUGUCAAGGUGGUGAAUGGAAAUAGGGCUUAUCAGGCAGAGAAGGGUGGUGGUGGUGCGCAUCCUGCUGAUGGAUUUCCUUGUCGGGUUACGCUUCGCGACAUGGAUGGUAGAGAGGGUGACGUUCAGGGUUAA